UAGAACCAAACUUUGGGAACGUCUUCAGAAUAUAGGAGUAACUGGUAAAUUAUUUUUAGCAAUUAAGUCUCUCUGUAAUACAGUGUCCUCAUGUGUUAGAGUUAAUGGUUUAAAUACCGAUUGGUUUGAGGUUAAAUGUGGAUUGAGACAGGGAUGUGUGUUAUCUCCCCUUUUGUUUAAUUUAUAUGUCAAUGAUUUGGCUUUAUUUCUCCAGUCGUUUAAUGUUGGUAUUAAAGUUGAUGAUGACGUGGUAUGUAUAUUGUUGUAUGCUGAUGAUAUUGUUUUAAUAGCAGACAAACAAGAAGAUUUACAAUUUUUAUUGGACCAGUUAGAUUAUUGGUGUGGUAGAAACAACAUGAAAAUCAAUCCUAUUAAAAGCAAAAUUGUCCAUUUUAGACCCAAUUCUAUUACUAGAGUUGACAUUGUCUUCAAGUGUGGUGAUUUUAACCUAGAUAUUGUCGACAGAUAUACCUAUCUUGGCCUUGUUUUGCAUGAACACCUUGACUAUAAUGUUACUGCUAAAGUUGUAGCCCAGAGUGCAAGUCGAGCCCUUGGACUUUUGAUAGCGAAAUGCAAAGCAAUAGGUGGUUUUACAUAUGAUGUAUAUACGAAAUUAUACAACUCACUGGUUUGGCCUGUUAUUGACUAUGGAUCAGCUAUUUGGGGCCUGAAAUCUUUCUCAUGUAUUAAUGCUAUACAUAAUAGAGCCAUGCGUUUCUUCCUUGGCGUGGGGAAAUAUACACCAAAUGCAGCAGUUGUUGGUGAAAUGGGAUGGGAUCCUCCAAUAGUCCGACAAUGGAAGACUAUAUGUAACUUGUGGUGCCGUAUGUCUUCUCUUUCAUUCCGUAGAAUAAAUAGACGUGUUGCACUUUGGGCUCAGUCUAAAGCUAGUUCUAGAUGUAGAAAUUGGUUCUAUACUGUAAUGAAUAGGCUUACUAGUUUGGAUUGUCACGUAUACAGUACUAUCAACCAACAUAUAGGUAAAAACAUGUUAUUUGAUAUAGUAAAGCCCAAGUUAAUGGACGAAUUCAUUAACGAGUGGAAAGUAUCUAUUAACAGAGUAAAUGGUAUACGUAAUGUAGGCCGUAAUAAAUUACGCACAUAUUCUCUGUUUAAAUCAAAUUUUGAUGUUGAACAAUAUUGUAAAAUGAUAUUACCCCACCAACAUCGGUCAGCUUUCAGUAAAUUUCGGUGUGGAGUGGCACCGUUAAGAAUUGAAACUGGUCGAUAUGAAAAUCUUAAUGUUAUAGACAGAAAGUGCACUUUUUGCAAUGCUAUAGAAGAUGAAUGUCAUGUCUUGUUUAAUUGUCAUAUAUACGGAGAAUAUAGGCAAGAACUUUACAUGAAAGCAGAGCAUGUAUGUCCUGCUUUCUCAAACAUGACCGAUAUUGACAAACUGGUUUAUUUAUUUUCAAACCCACAAUUGAUAAGGAUUACUGCCAAAACCUGUUUUAAUAUUUUACGUAAGCGAUCUCUUAUAAUGUGUAAAUAAUGUCCCUAUAUUUCUUAGUUAAAUAAUUGUGUAUUUAUAUAAUACAUAUAGAUGUUGUUAAUCAGGCCCUCUUUAAUCUGAUUAAAGAGGAUAUCGAUUUCUUAAAAACAUUUUUGAAUCCGUACGCGUUAGCGUCUUUUUUGUAUCUCAGUGUUUUAAAUAACAACUACAUUUUAAGUGAUUUUAAUGUCGAUUAGCAGCAUCUAUGUGGUUUUUAACAUAUGUAUAUUUGUUUGAAUAGCAGAUCUUAAGUGUAUUAAAUAGUAGUCUCUUAUAAUUCUAUUUUAGAAUGGUCAUAUACAUGUAUUUGUACAAUUAAUAUGUAAAUGUGAUAUAUGUACAAU